GCUCCCCCGCCGCCAUCUUGUGCCCGCCUGAGGGGCCUGGAGGAAGCAGUGAGGGGGAAUUAUUUCGCUUUUUUCCCCUGCGACAUGGAUGUGGUGCCACCGGAGAGCUCCCAAAGCACGAGAGAAGGGGAUCCUUCCCCUCGGAAAAACCGUGUUGAAAACGAAAGAGAUGCUGCAAAAAGAUGGGCUGAGAAAUGGGGAUUUUUGAAAACACCUCUUGAAGAGUUGCUUGGACCUGAAAAGAAAGAAGCUGCAAAGCCCAAGCUCCAGCUUCCAGAUCACCUGCAGGUUCGACCUGUGACACCUGUGGAAAAAUACAUUAAGGUGCUUCCAUCUCCUCCAGUACCUAAAACGACCCAGGGAUUUAUUGGCUGGAGAUCAGGGGUUCCAGCACUGGCUCUUGAGCACGAUUAUCAAGUCCAAAGCUGCAAAGGAUCUGUCUGUAGAAUGAAGUGACCAUAGGAGUCUUCUAAGUGACAUUAUGAAAUAAAGAGGCACAAAGAUUCAUCUGCAUUGCUAAGGAAAUAUCCUGGAGUGGACUGUGUGACUGUUGUGCAUUUCUGCUCUUUGUAAAAAUCCACAAUCAUUUUGGUAAAGGGUGACCAUUUUCAUUUCACUUCAUUGAAUCUAUGGCAUCCAGGCUGCUAACUCUGCUUCAGAGCUUCUCCUUGUAGCUUAGAAAUAACAAUGAAUAAACUCAGGUAGAGAUCACAGAGCACAUACUAUUUUUAUUAUCACUAAUAAGACUAUAAUUUAAAAAUAUUCAUUGGAAAUCGGAAUGACAGUGCAAAUUUUUAUAAUUGUUUCUCCAUGAAAACCUCUACUCAUAAAAUACUCAUAAAAUACACUGGGUUUUGUGUUGGGUGUGCCUUGCAGGUAUUUUGUGCAGUUACACACAUAAAUGAAUAGUUCCUAGUACAGAAAUAAAGUACAGAAGGGCCACAGUGACCAAGAGUCACUUUGAAAAAUCAGUUUUGCUGUCAAAACAGGGCUUUUCCAUUAGUUGAUCAGUAUGCAAAUGGGUCACAAAGGAUUUCUAUUGCUUCAGUUGUGUGUCUAGCAGUAUUUGCACCAGCCAGGGAAAGCUGCUCAGAGGCAGCAGAGCUCUGGGGUUACUGGAGGGGCUCCCUCAGUGCCCUGGGUUCACUCCUGCUCCUCACUGUGCCCCUGAGGGUUUGCCAGGAUUUCUGGAGACCCAGGAGGAGACUGAGCUGCAGCAAAUUUUUUGCUGUUUGCACAGUGUAAUUCUAACUGGCCAAGGUGUUCACACCAGAAGGUUGUUAAAGCAAAAAGAGCCUCCAGGAAAUCAACACAGGCAGCUCCCUCUAACUCCUUAUCACUUAGAGGAGAAAGGUUUUCCUCUUGAACCCUGCUGCAGGAUCUCCUUUGUGUUCUGCAGCCAUCAAUAUCUCCUGCUUGAGUCAGCACUAAGUCCUUGGCCUUCACAGCAGUAAGGCAGCAGCCAGAGUUUGUUCUUCCCUUCUUCCCAAGAAAUGACUCACAAUGAUCAACAUCCCACCUUUUUUUUUUUUUUUUACAUCCAUUUCCAAAUGCCCACAAAAUAAUAAUAUUUUACUUUUUUCCAUACUCUUUACAAAUAAUGGAGAAGUGAGUCAUAUCCUUUGGAAAGAUUACCCAAGAAGGAGAACACAUAGCAGAAGUAACUUCAGACACUUUAUUUAAAAACCAGAAUAAAGAAUAACUUGGAAUCAGACUCUGGAAAUUGAAGUUAAAUUGUAGUUUAGCUACUAACCAUAACCUGUGUACACUGUUCUUUGGACAACCAAGACAAUUGUAAGAAAAAUAUUUAAAUUCAAUGUGCUUUCUUGUCAUUGCCAGGUUUGUAUCUCUUGCUUAUUUUAAUCAUGUGGUAUGUGGUUCUUCAGUUUAUUUUAAGGUCAUAAGAUCUUAUUCUUGUCUGAUUUAUAUAAACAGGUAUAAUAAUGAUUGAUAUGGCAUUUAGUAGCAAUUAAAUUACAUUAAUUCAGGCCAAAUAAAAGGGGAAUUCCACUGGCUUUAAAGAGUUAUAUUAAUAAAUCAAAGCACCACAUACCCAUUGGAUGUUUGUAUGAAGUGAAAUCCAAAUCCAGAUGAGCAUGGUUUGAUUUUGAAAACCAAAAUAAAUUCUUUGUCCAGCAUCUACAGUUAGACAUUCCUGACUCUUA